AUCCUUUCGUUUGGGACCUGCUGUCGCACAGAGUCUCACGCCGGCCGAGUACGUGGAUCUCACCGUCACAAAACUGUCAGUUCUGAUCUCUAGUCAGAGGUUGCCGGGUAAACUAAUAUCAUUAAGUCUGGCCGCCCCAUGCUUGCUCAGAAACAUAACAAUAGUUAUUUUAGUCACGAUCAUGCAACUUGCUAAGGCCGGUACAACAUGAAUUAAAAUCAUAGAAUGCACAUACGAAGACAAUUCUAACUUGAUAAGCAAAGAUGAUCAACAUAAUAUAAGAAUAAAAUAAAACCACAAAGCUUAUCAUACCCGGCAAAAUCGAGACGCACGGUUACAGUGCGGGAAGUUCUGGUUACAGAUGCUUCCCUAAGUCUUUUGCCAAUGCACCGUAUAUACCCAGAUGUAACAAAGAAUCAUGAAUUCAAUGGUCAUUGUGAAAUUUAGUUUAACUCGUGGGUGACGAGAUCAUCAAAUGUCAAUCUAUCUGUGAACAGGAUUCCCUGAUGUGUUAUUUCUUGUUAACAUCACUCAUGGGCCUUCAGCUACAAAGAGCUCUUUGUGUGGUCAGCCCCUUCACAAAGCUGUGCUGUGACUGGCUAAGAAACUCAGUCCUAACAUCCUAUUGGUCGUGCAGAUUUGACAAGAAGGAGAGGGGGUUCAAUGCUGUAUAGAGACAGACGUAAUGUGAACACACACACACACACACACACACCUGCAGUGCACACAUGAUCUCUCUCACACAUCUCCAGAAUGUCUGCUGCUACUCGUAUGAAUCAGCUAACUGUUAUUCUUCUUUCUGUGCACCUGAUUCCAACCAAUCCGGUGGCAGAGCAGAGGUCACAUGGGAAAAGCAGGAAGCGAGUGAGUCCGGUUCUACAUACGGAGCCGCCCAGCCCGGACCCCAUCAGAGACACCCAUCAGUACUGCAACUACCCCAACAUCACUGAACACAGCUGGGAGGGUCACAGUCUGGCUGACUACAGACUGCUGUCGGUCCAGGUGAUGAUUCGUCAUGGAGACCGUUAUCCUCUGUACUCCAUCCCCAAAACUAAGAGACCUGCUAUAGACUGCACGCUGUCAGACAAGAGAAAGCCCUCUCACCCCCUCCUGGCCUCUUUUGUUAAUCACAUGGCUCUGGGAGGGCGUGGUCACUGGGACGCAUCAUUGGGAUCUCUGCCCCGAUUACCCAAUCACAGCAGCUGUGAGAUGGGCGAGCUCACACAGACAGGUGUCGUACAGCACUUGAAAAACGGCGAUCUCCUUCGUCAGGCCUACAUCAAGCGUCACAAUCUGCUCACAGAUGAUUGGUCGCCGAGGCAGCUGUGGGUGGAGACCACCGGUAAAAGCCGCACCCUGCAGAGCGGAUUGGCAUUCCUCUUCGGCUUCCUGCCGCAUUUUGAUUGGUCACGGCUGACGGUAAGACAGCAGUGGAGUACGCUGUUCUGCGGUUCCUCGUGCGACUGUCCCGCACGAAACCGAUAUUUGGACCAGGAGCAGCGCAGGCAGUACCGGCAAAGGAUUGCGGACGCAGAACUCGAGCGCACAUACGUCGCCAUGGCAAAGACUUUGGUUGUGGCGACGAAAACUCUCAGGGCAGCCAAUCCGGUGGAUGCUCUCUUAUGUCACUUCUGUCACAAUCUUCCCUUCCCCUGCUCCAGCACACGCACUACAACCAACUCUCCUCCCGAGGGGGCGUGUCUAACACUACAGCACUUCGCCGUGAUUCGCCGGCAACAGAAGGAUGACGAACUGGAACGUCGGGAGGCGGGGAUUUACCGUCGCUACGCCGUGCUGGCCGCGCAUCCGUACCUCAACCGCACCGCGGCACGCAUGGAGAGGAUCGCGAAAGGCAGCCAGAUGCACAGCGGAAGAGAGGAGGCGGUCUUUGCGUUAGCAUCCGCUCAUGAUGUAACCAUGGCGCCGUUGCUAAGCGCACUGGGCCUGGAAGGAGCGGGAUUUCCGAGGUUCGCCGCCCGGCUGGUGUUUGAGCUGUGGAACAGCCCAGACGUGAAGGACAAUGGGGAAAAUGAGAGAAAGAAAAGAGGAAAAGGGUUGGACAAUAUGUUUAUUCGUGUUCUCUAUAACGGUGAAGACUUGACCUUUGACACAGCCUUCUGCCGGGAUCACAGUCGCAGCAUCGCUCAGCCUCUGUGCCCUUUGGGUAAAUUCCUGUCUUUUGUUCGAAGGGAUAUGUUUAAUAUUGUCGAUGCUACAAGUUACCAGCAGGCCUGCCAUCAAACUGUACUAUAGUGAAUGAAAGUGAACACAAAGAGAGGGGGAGACAUUGUUAAAGGGAAAAAUAAGACACAAGAAUGAAUAGUUCACCUAAAAAUCAAGAUUCUGUCAUUUACACAUCCUCACAAGUUGUUUCAAACCAUACGGUGUCUUUUGUAAAACACAAGAAGUUUCGCAGAAUGUUUACACAGCUGUAUACAGUGACCAGGUGCUUGCAAAAAGUAUUGUAAAACAACUUUUCUAUAGGUUUGACGUUAGGUGAAUUAAAUGACAAAUAAUCAUUCCUUUAGGAUGAACCAUUUCAUUGUGUUCAUAAUCAGUUCACCAAACAAUUGUACUUGCACAAAUAGUGCACAAAAAGUCAGAUUUUGUUUACAACAGUCAUUGGGUGUAGAUGAGAUUUAGCCGUCGAUUGAUCGCACAUCUGGAUAUAUUUGUAUUAUUUUAAAUGAGGACUCCAAACUGCCUAAAUCCAGCACCCAGACCGACACAUUUACUGUACAUGUUCAAGCACCUCUUGCCUUUAUUGUGAGUCAGUCAAGAAGACAAUCCUAGUGCUUUCACUAUAGAGAGAACAAUCCAUUUGUGUUGUGUUUGUCACUUUUAGACCAGAUUUCCUAAAUGAUAGGAUGAAAUGUAGGGCACUCAGCCACUUUAUAGCACAAUUCCUGAUCGAUGGGGAAUCAGAUUUAUUUCGUGGAUGUCCCGAUGAGAAUCCACACUAGACCACCUAUGUUAAGUUCUCACUUGAAAAGUAUUUGGAAGAAUUAAGUUUGUAUAUUUUCUUCUACAUUUGUGUUCUCUUAUCUAGUUAGACCUUUUCAUUUUAGUUUCCCCUUUUAUCUUUAGGGAAAGCAGUGACAGGAUUUCUGAUUUCUGUAAGGAUGAAUAUGUAAUAUGUGUUUUAUUUUCUGCCACAUUACAAACUUCAAAGCAGGUUUUUCAAUAAAACAUAAA